AUGAAGGCCAACAGCGUACCGCCCACCGGCCGGCAGAGGGCGACCGUCGCAUCCCAUGCGUUCGUCCACAUUCCCUUCUUUGUCGAAGCGCCUAUAUUAUCCGGCAUAGACGGACGCAUGGGUGCCGACGGUUACGAGGAACUCGAGGUGCCGGGCGACGGUUCUUGUCUGUUCCACGCCGUCCUGACCGCAUACUUCGCCGAAAAGAAAGGGAGGCUGCCCGUCUACGCCGACCCUCGGAAGCUCCACGAAACCUCCCUGAAACUGAGGGAGCGAGCGGUCCACCACGUCCUCCGACACUACGACAAGCCACUCGGGGACGGCUUCGACACGGGCAAGGACCUCAUCAUGCUCGAGUACGGCAGCUCGGAGGGCGACCCGCUGGGGCCACCCAUCCGCGAUCCGGUCCAAUACCUGAAGCACAUGAAGCACCCGACCACCUUCGCCGGCAACACCGAGAUCGUCGCACUCUCCCAGAUACUGCGCUCGACCAUCACGCCACCAUACGCGUCCGUUUCGACCCCUCCUCCAAGCACUACACCCCUCUCGUGA